UUGAUUCGUCUCUCUUUCUAAAAUAUCGAUUUAGACAAAGCGGAAGAAUUUUCAUUACCCGAAAAUCCGCGAGCUGAAGGAAAGUUAAAUUUAUGUUUUCUGUGAACCCAAGCAAAAUCUAACAUUCUCCUCUCACUGUCAGUUUGCUUUUUUAUUUUUAAUUUUAUGAUUUUAUUUUCAAUUUUUGUUUUUAAUUUCUUGAGAUCAAGGUCGGGUUUGUUUUUAUUCCCUAUCAAUCGCCAGAGCUUUUCGUUGUAAUCUGUGUGUGGUGGUGAGAAUUAGGAAGUUUAGGGUUUGAAGAUCCAGUUUGAUGCCUUUUGGGUACAGGAUAGAUGCUUCUUAUUGGGGAUCUAGGGUUUUCGAGCCUGGUCCUUGUGGUUUCCAUCAUUAUUCCUUUGUUCGGCUUUUUCAUUAGGCGGAAAUGGAGGUUAUCAAUAGCCAGGCAAGCGGAGAUCAAGAGGCUUAUGAUUUUAGCGUCGGAAGAGGCUGCUAGGGCUGAGCUUGAGGCAUCAAUUGGAUACGGUAGUGUUCCGGUUUCGCGUAACUAUCAUCAAUGUGCAGUUUGCUAUUGCCCUACUACUACACGGUGUGCUCGCUGCAAAGCUGUCCGGUAUUGUUCUACUCAGUGUCAAGUUAUUCACUGGCGACAAGGUCACAAGGAAGAAUGUUAUCCGGCUGCAGUUGCCAAACACCAAAAUCAUGAUGAGGGAAGUGAUUGUGAUUCUGGUCAGAAGGUGACGGAGCAACACCAAAUUGGAGACGGAUUUGAAUCUAAAGAAAAGCAGCAUGCAGAGCCAACUAAAUCAUCCUCCAAAGAAUCUGGGUUACAUAAUUCCACCACUGAACCUGCACUGUCUAGUUCUACUAGCUGUUCUGCAGUUUUACUUGAGAAGGAUGAUGAUAUUAAGGUUGAGUUCCAGGCUGAUGGGGAAGGAAGGAGCAUUGCUUCAGAAUCUUCCAGUACUUCAUUUUCUGGGUUUUCUUCUUCUGUAACUGGUAGUGAAUCGUCUGAUGAUGUUUCUGUGUGUGAGAGUGUUGGUUCAAAUGAGCCUUGUAGACUUGAGAUAUCUUCAUCUGCUGAUGAUUCUAAACUUGACACGUUGUGGACUGCUUCUGGUGUCAGCAACGUGGAUCAAACCAAAUUGUCAUCCCCAAAAUUUGCCAGCUUGGUUGAUUCUGUGGAUAAAUUUUCUAAAUUAAAUGCAUCAAAUCAGAUGAAGCCUGAUCAAGGUGGAGAGAUCCAAUGCAGAGCAAGUGGCAGUUCUUCAGUUAUUAGUGAUAUGUCUGAGGGCUCAACUUCUGAGGUUCGUACUUUAUCUUCUGGUUUCUGGGGCAGAACUCUGGAACCAGUUGUAUCUACGAAUGAUGCUAAUGAUGAGGCUUUUCAGUCAAAUCCUAAAGAAGGCGGUGAAAGUGCCUCACUUGAUCCUGGAUCUUCCUUACAUUUUUCAUUCAGUUUGUCUCAAAAUGCUUCUUCCUUGCCUCCACAAGGCUUGAAGGUUAAAGCUGCCAAAUUGGAUGAUGCUCCUCGGAGUGCUUCGGGGUACACCCAGCUUUCUAAUGGAGUAACUUUGCCAGAAAAUGUUGAUUUGGAUGCUCCAAAUGUCAGCAGAUCCUCAUCCUCAAAUUCUGAAUGUGCUAACCAUGUGGAGUGCGGGUCUACCAAUGUUUCACCUAUCUCAAAACCCAGAGAAGCUAUCAAUAGAGAUGUUCCGUUAGUCAGUAGCUUGUCAUCGUCAUGUUCUGAAAAGUCAGAUUCUAGUUCUGUUAUUAAUGGACCUAGCGCUUCUCAUCUAUUAAAGUCUUCUGAUGCUUAUUCAUCUAGUGCCAGAUUGCAUGCGGUUCCUAAUGCUAAAUCUGGAAAUUUUGGUGGUGUUCAUGCCAAUGCUGCUACGUUACCUAAGGUUUCAAGUUCUUCUGAUAGCACUCAUGGAUUGAAAACCUCCAUGCGGAAAAUUGCUGAUCAAUUCAGAGGAUCUAAGUUGCCCAAACACUAUCCUUUAGGAGUUGGUAAUGAGGAUUCUGGAAAUUAUAAUAAGGUACUUUUUCCUUACGAAUCUUUUGUCAAGCUUUACAGUGGGAGCAAGGCGAAUCUGCAACCAUGUGGCCUUGUAAACUGUGGGAACAGCUGUUAUGCCAAUGCUAUUCUCCAAUGCUUGACAUUCACUCCUCCCUUGACUGCUUACUUUCUUCAGGGACUCCAUUCAAAAGCAUGUGCAAAGAAAGAAUGGUGUUUCACCUGUGAUUUAGAAAAUUUAAUUUUGAAGGCCAAGGAGGGAAAAUCUCCACUGUCCCCUAAAGGGAUACUGUCUCAACUACAAAAUAUUUGUGGCCAACUUGUUCAAGGGAAGGAGGAGGAUGCACAUGAAUUUUUAAGGUAUGUUAUUGAUGUGAUGCAAUUUGAUUGUCUUAAAGAAGCUGGGGUGCGUUCAUCAGGGUGUUCUGAAGAAGAAACGACUUUAAUAGGCCUAACAUUUGGAGGUUUUCUCCGGUCGAAGAUAAUGUGUGUGAAAUGUCAAGGCAAGUCUGAACGUCAUGAAAGAAUGAUGGAUCUUACGGUUGAGAUUGAAGGAGACAUAGAAACCCUGGAAGAGGCUCUUCAUCGCUUUACGAGGACUGAGAUUUUAGAUGGAGAAAAUAAGUACCAAUGUGGCAGAUGCAACUCUUACGAGAAGGCCAAAAAGAAGUUGACAAUAUCAGAGGCUCCAAAUGUCCUCACAAUUGCUUUGAAGCGAUUUCAGUCUGGUAAAUUUGGGAAGCUUAACAAAGCGAUUCAAUUCCCUGAGAUCUUGAACUUGGCGCCGUAUACGAGUGGGACAAGCGACAAUUCACCCAUUUACAGGCUCUAUGGUGUGGUGGUUCACUUGGAUAUUAUGAAUGCUGCAUUUUCAGGUCACUAUGUCUGUUACGUUAAAAAUGCCCAAAACAAGUGGUUCAAGAUUGAUGAUAGCAAGGUAACAUCCUCUGAACUUGGUAAUGUUCUAACAAAAGGCGCAUACAUGCUUUUUUACGCAAGGUGCUCACCUAGAGCCCCAAGAUCGAUAAGGAGCAGAAGUAAGUCCAUUCUAUCAAAAAUAAAUUCAAAGAAUUAUCCAAAGUCAAGUUCAACUCAUCCUGAUAAUUCAGGGAGUAUCGAAUCCUUUUAUUCGAAAUACAAUCGGUUACAAAAGAUUUUAGAAGAGGAUUCAUCAAGUGAUACUUCUUCUCUUUUUGGCAGCAAUUCUGAUAAUACUUCUUCCUGUACUGAUAGCACACAAGAUGACUCACUGGAUUCUGUAUUUGGCGAUUCCGAUGCUUCAUCUUCCCCUUCCUCUUCUCCUCUUUACUCAAAGCAUUCACCCUUAGCUGAUUUAGACCGAUACGAUUCAGGUUCGCCUGAAAUUGAUCCUCUUUUCCACUCCAACACGAGUAAACAAUGUAGAGACGUAGGUAGUUAUAGUAAUAGUAGUAGCUCUAGGGAAACUGACUCAGAGUUAUUAGGACGAGUUAACUCAUUAAAUGAGGUAUACUUUAGAAAAUCAUUGAAGAAAAGAACAAAUUAAAAAAGUUUUAUUACUGAGUUUUGGAAUUAGAGGAGGUAAAUAAGAAUUGGAGAAAGGGUGUAUGUGAUGUAGUAUAUUGUAGCUAGUUGGCUGGCUGGCUUUGUUGGAAGAAAUCAGUGAGUGCCAUUUUGUUCAUGUUACACAUUUCUUGUUAAUACUAAUAGUAUAUUUUUAUACAACAUUUCAUUACAAGAAGAAAAGAGUAAUUUCUCAAGUAA